AUGCCUCCGGCAAGGCCGGGGGCUGUCCGCGCCUCGGAUCGGCUUGGCAGAGCGCAGCCGCUGCCGCAAGUCGGGCUGCAGGCGCUCGUGCUUGCGCUUGCGGCUCUCGCGCGCCCAGCCGCCGCUGUGCAGCUGCCGGCCAAUGCUGUCAACGUGUCCUCCGGGGAGACAUGCCCAGAGGGCACGACGCAGCCGACGGUUGACUGGUGCCAGUGGUACGCUGGCGAGCUUGGCGUCUACUACCUCGACAAGUCGGGCUUCUACCCCGAGGAGGGCGCGUUGGUGGCGUGCGUGCAUCGGUUGGUAAACAACUACUCCGACCCCGACUCGCUCUACGAAGCCGUGCCCAUGCCGGAGAUGACCGUGAGCUACCAGUUCGCCGACGGGCGCUGCCCCGACUACAAGUACUGCGAGACCUGCCUGCCCCGCGUCCUGCAGUGCUACUGCAUCAGCGACGACUCCUCGCCUCCGCCUCCGCUGCCGCCCCUGUCGCCGGGAGAAACGCUGUCGCCGCCGAUGCAGAUUCCCAACUUGAGACUCUACGUCGGUCAGUGCAUCCCACACGACGGCUGGGCCGGCGUCCAAAACUGCCAGUUCUCGAGCGACGCGGCGACGCUCACGCCGCUGACCGGCUCUCUGAGCGAAGUGCUGACCGCGAUCGACGGCGCGUCUGCGGCAGGGGGCGGCACGUCCGUGUCGGACGGCCUGGAGCUCGGGCGAGUCGAGGUGAACCAGGGCGCGCGCGCCGACGUGCCUCGCACGAUCCUGCUGCUGACGGACGGCGUGCAGACGGUGGACGGCAACGACGACACGGCCAUCGCGAAGGCGGCGGUGGUGAAGCAGGACGGCAUCUCGAUUGUCGCGGUCGGGUUUGGCGGCGCGAAUGAGCAGACGAUGCGCGCGAUCGCGUCGGCGCCCAGCUCCGACUUCGCCUUCUUCGGCGCGUCGAUGGACGAGGUGCGGCAGCACUUUGCGUCGGACCAGCUCUGCGAGCUGGCCGCGUCCCCGAAGGCGCCGCCGCCGCCUCCGUCGACGCCCGCGCCGCCAGGGCUGCCGCCGUCGCCGCCGUCGCCGUCGCCCGCGCCGCCGUCUCCGCCGGCGUGCGUGGUCAAGAUCGAGCUGGUGCUUGUGCUGGACAAGAGCGGGUCGGUCCAGGCGGAGCAGUCGUCGCUGCUCGCCUUCGCGCGCGAGAUGGUGUCCCAGUUCAGCCUCGACGCGACCGAGGGCGCCCGUGUCGGCAUCGUCGAGUUCUCGAGCGACGCGGCGACGCUCACGCCGCUGACCGGCUCUCUGAGCGAAGUGCUGACCGCGAUCGACGGCGCGUCUGCGGCAGGGGGUGGCACGUCCGUGUCGGACGGCCUGGAGCUCGGGCGAGUCGAGGUGAACCAGGGCGCGCGCGCCGACGUGCCUCGCACGAUCCUGCUGCUGACGGACGGCGUGCAGACGGUGGACGGCAACGACGACACGGCCAUCGCGAAGGCGGCGGUGGUGAAGCAGGACGGCAUCUCGAUUGUCGCGGUCGGGUUUGGCGGCGCGAAUGAGCAGACGAUGCGCGCGAUCGCGUCGGCGCCCAGCUCCGACUUCGCCUUCUUCGGCGCGUCGAUGGACGAGGUGCGGCAGCACUUUGCGUCGGACCAGCUCUGCGAGCUGGCCGCGUCCCCGAAGGCGCCGCCGCCGCCUCCGUCGACGCCCGCGCCGCCAGGGCUGCCGCCCUCGCCGCCGUCGCCGUCGCCCGCGCCGCCGUCUCCGCCGGCGUGCGUGGUCAAGAUCGAGCUGGUGCUUGUGCUGGACAAGAGCGGGUCGGUCCAGGCGGAGCAGUCGUCGCUGCUCGCCUUCGCGCGCGAGAUGGUGUCCCAGUUCAGCCUCGACGCGACCGAGGGCGCCCGUGUCGGCAUCGUCGAGUUCUCGAGCGACGCGGCGACGCUCACGCCGCUGACCGGCUCUCUGAGCGAAGUGCUGACCGCGAUCGACGGCGCGUCUGCGGCAGGGGGUGGCACGUCCGUGUCGGACGGCCUGGAGCUCGGGCGAGUCGAGGUGAACCAGGGCGCGCGCGCCGACGUGCCUCGCACGAUCCUGCUGCUGACGGACGGCGUGCAGACGGUGGACGGCAACGACGACACGGCCAUCGCGAAGGCGGCGGUGGUGAAGCAGGACGGCAUCUCGAUUGUCGCGGUCGGGUUUGGCGGCGCGAAUGAGCAGACGAUGCGCGCGAUCGCGUCGGCGCCCAGCUCCGACUUCGCCUUCUUCGGCGCGUCGAUGGACGAGGUGCGGCAGCACUUUGCGUCGGACCAGCUCUGCGAGCUGGCCGCGUCCCCGAAGGCGCCGCCGCCGCCUCCGUCGACGCCCGCGCCGCCAGGGCUGCCGCCGUCGCCGCCGUCGCCGUCGCCCGCGCCGCCGUCUCCGCCGGCGUGCGUGGUCAAGAUCGAGCUGGUGCUUGUGCUGGACAAGAGCGGGUCGGUCCAGGCGGAGCAGUCGUCGCUGCUCGCCUUCGCGCGCGAGAUGGUGUCCCAGUUCAGCCUCGACGCGACCGAGGGCGCCCGUGUCGGCAUCGUCGAGUUCUCGAGCGACGCGGCGACGCUCACGCCGCUGACCGGCUCUCUGAGCGAAGUGCUGACCGCGAUCGACGGCGCGUCUGCGGCAGGGGGCGGCACGUCCGUGUCGGACGGCCUGGAGCUCGGGCGAGUCGAGGUGAACCAGGGCGCGCGCGCCGACGUGCCUCGCACGAUCCUGCUGCUGACGGACGGCGUGCAGACGGUGGACGGCAACGACGACACGGCCAUCGCGAAGGCGGCGGUGGUGAAGCAGGACGGCAUCUCGAUUGUCGCGGUCGGGUUUGGCGGCGCGAAUGAGCAGACGAUGCGCGCGAUCGCGUCGGCGCCCAGCUCCGACUUCGCCUUCUUCGGCGCGUCGAUGGACGAGGUGCGGCAGCACUUUGCGUCGGACCAGCUCUGCGAGCUGGCCGCGUCCCCGAAGGCGCCGCCGCCGCCUCCGUCGACGCCCGCGCCGCCAGGGCUGCCGCCGUCGCCGCCGUCGCCGUCGCCCGCGCCGCCGUCUCCGCCGGCGUGCGUGGUCAAGAUCGAGCUGGUGCUUGUGCUGGACAAGAGCGGGUCGGUCCAGGCGGAGCAGUCGUCGCUGCUCGCCUUCGCGCGCGAGAUGGUGUCCCAGUUCAGCCUCGACGCGACCGAGGGCGCCCGUGUCGGUAUCGUCGAGUUCUCGAGCGACGCGGCGACGCUCACGCCGCUGACCGGCUCUCUGAGCGAAGUGCUGACCGCGAUCGACGGCGCGUCUGCGGCAGGGGGCGGCACGUCCGUGUCGGACGGCCUGGAGCUCGGGCGAGUCGAGGUGAACCAGGGCGCGCGCGCCGACGUGCCUCGCACGAUCCUGCUGCUGACGGACGGCGUGCAGACGGUGGACGGCAACGACGACACGGCCAUCGCGAAGGCGGCGGUGGUGAAGCAGGACGGCAUCUCGAUUGUCGCGGUCGGGUUUGGCGGCGCGAAUGAGCAGACGAUGCGCGCGAUCGCGUCGGCGCCCAGCUCCGACUUCGCCUUCUUCGGCGCGUCGAUGGACGAGGUGCGGCAGCACUUUGCGUCGGACCAGCUCUGCGAGCUGGCCGCGUCCCCGAAGGCGCCGCCGCCGCCUCCGUCGACGCCCGCGCCGCCAGGGCUGCCGCCCUCGCCGCCGUCGCCGUCGCCCGCGCCGCCGUCUCCGCCGGCGUGCGUGGUCAAGAUCGAGCUGGUGCUUGUGCUGGACAAGAGCGGGUCGGUCCAGGCGGAGCAGUCGUCGCUGCUCGCCUUCGCGCGCGAGAUGGUGUCCCAGUUCAGCCUCGACGCGACCGAGGGCGCCCGUGUCGGUAUCGUCGAGUUCUCGAGCGACGCGGCGACGCUCACGCCGCUGACCGGCUCUCUGAGCGAAGUGCUGACCGCGAUCGACGGCGCGUCUGCGGCAGGGGGCGGCACGUCCGUGUCGGACGGCCUGGAGCUCGGGCGAGUCGAGGUGAACCAGGGCGCGCGCGCCGACGUGCCUCGCACGAUCCUGCUGCUGACGGACGGCGUGCAGACGGUGGACGGCAACGACGACACGGCCAUCGCGAAGGCGGCGGUGGUGAAGCAGGACGGCAUCUCGAUUGUCGCGGUCGGGUUUGGCGGCGCGAAUGAGCAGACGAUGCGCGCGAUCGCGUCGGCGCCCAGCUCCGACUUCGCCUUCUUCGGCGCGUCGAUGGACGAGGUGCGGCAGCACUUUGCGUCGGACCAGCUCUGCGAGCUGGCCGCGUCCCCGAAGGCGCCGCCGCCGCCUCCGUCGCUGCCCGCGCCGCCAGGGCUGCCGCCCUCGCCGCCGUCGCCGUCGCCUGCGCCGCCGUCUCCGCCGGCGUGCGUGGUCAAGAUCGAGCUGGUGCUUGUGCUGGACAAGAGCGGGUCGGUCCAGGCGGAGCAGUCGUCGCUGCUCGCCUUCGCGCGCGAGAUGGUGUCCCAGUUCAGCCUCGACGCGACCGAGGGCGCCCGUGUCGGCAUCGUCGAGUUCUCGAGCGACGCGGCGACGCUCACGCCGCUGACCGGCUCUUUGAGCGAAGUGCUGACCGCGAUCGACGGCGCGUCUGCGGCAGGGGGCGGCACGUCCGUGUCGGACGGCCUGGAGCUCGGGCGAGUCGAGGUGAACCAGGGCGCGCGCGCCGACGUGCCUCGCACGAUCCUGCUGCUGACGGACGGCGUGCAGACGGUGGACGGCAACGACGACACGGCCAUCGCGAAGGCGGCGGUGGUGAAGCAGGACGGCAUCUCGAUUGUCGCGGUCGGGUUUGGCGGCGCGAAUGAGCAGACGAUGCGCGCGAUCGCGUCGGCGCCCAGCUCCGACUUCGCCUUCUUCGGCGCGUCGAUGGACGAGGUGCGGCAGCACUUUGCGUCGGACCAGCUCUGCGAGCUGGCCGCGUCCCCGAAGGCGCCGCCGCCGCCUCCGUCGACGCCCGCGCCGCCAGGGCUGCCGCCGUCGCCGCCGUCGCCGUCGCCCGCGCCGCCGUCUCCGCCGGCGUGCGUGGUCAAGAUCGAGCUGGUGCUUGUGCUGGACAAGAGCGGGUCGGUCCAGGCGGAGCAGUCGUCGCUGCUCGCCUUCGCGCGCGAGAUGGUGUCCCAGUUCAGCCUCGACGCGACCGAGGGCGCCCGUGUCGGUAUCGUCGAGUUCUCGAGCGACGCGGCGACGCUCACGCCGCUGACCGGCUCUCUGAGCGAAGUGCUGACCGCGAUCGACGGCGCGUCUGCGGCAGGGGGCGGCACGUCCGUGUCGGACGGCCUGGAGCUCGGGCGAGUCGAGGUGAACCAGGGCGCGCGCGCCGACGUGCCUCGCACGAUCCUGCUGCUGACGGACGGCGUGCAGACGGUGGACGGCAACGACGACACGGCCAUCGCGAAGGCGGCGGUGGUGAAGCAGGACGGCAUCUCGAUUGUCGCGGUCGGGUUUGGCGGCGCGAAUGAGCAGACGAUGCGCGCGAUCGCGUCGGCGCCCAGCUCCGACUUCGCCUUCUUCGGCGCGUCGAUGGACGAGGUGCGGCAGCACUUUGCGUCGGACCAGCUCUGCGAGCUGGCCGCGUCCCCGAAGGCGCCGCCGCCGCCUCCGUCGACGCCCGCGCCGCCAGGGCUGCCGCCCUCGCCGCCGUCGCCGUCGCCUGCGCCGCCGUCUCCGCCGGCGUGCGUGGUCAAGAUCGAGCUGGUGCUUGUGCUGGACAAGAGCGGGUCGGUCCAGGCGGAGCAGUCGUCGCUGCUCGCCUUCGCGCGCGAGAUGGUGUCCCAGUUCAGCCUCGACGCGACCGAGGGCGCCCGUGUCGGCAUCGUCGAGUUCUCGAGCGACGCGGCGACGCUCACGCCGCUGACCGGCUCUCUGAGCGAAGUGCUGACCGCGAUCGACGGCGCGUCUGCGGCAGGGGGCGGCACGUCCGUGUCGGACGGCCUGGAGCUCGGGCGAGUCGAGGUGAACCAGGGCGCGCGCGCCGACGUGCCUCGCACGAUCCUGCUGCUGACGGACGGCGUGCAGACGGUGGACGGCAACGACGACACGGCCAUCGCGAAGGCGGCGGUGGUGAAGCAGGACGGCAUCUCGAUUGUCGCGGUCGGGUUUGGCGGCGCGAAUGAGCAGACGAUGCGCGCGAUCGCGUCGGCGCCCAGCUCCGACUUCGCCUUCUUCGGCGCGUCGAUGGACGAGGUGCGGCAGCACUUUGCGUCGGACCAGCUCUGCGAGCUGGCCGCGUCCCCGAAGGCGCCGCCGCCGCCUCCGUCGACGCCCGCGCCGCCAGGGCUGCCGCCGUCGCCGCCGUCGCCGUCGCCCGCGCCGCCGUCUCCGCCGGCGUGCGUGGUCAAGAUCGAGCUGGUGCUUGUGCUGGACAAGAGCGGGUCGGUCCAGGCGGAGCAGUCGUCGCUGCUCGCCUUCGCGCGCGAGAUGGUGUCCCAGUUCAGCCUCGACGCGACCGAGGGCGCCCGUGUCGGUAUCGUCGAGUUCUCGAGCGACGCGGCGACGCUCACGCCGCUGACCGGCUCUCUGAGCGAAGUGCUGACCGCGAUCGACGGCGCGUCUGCGGCAGGGGGCGGCACGUCCGUGUCGGACGGCCUGGAGCUCGGGCGAGUCGAGGUGAACCAGGGCGCGCGCGCCGACGUGCCUCGCACGAUCCUGCUGCUGACGGACGGCGUGCAGACGGUGGACGGCAACGACGACACGGCCAUCGCGAAGGCGGCGGUGGUGAAGCAGGACGGCAUCUCGAUUGUCGCGGUCGGCCCACCACCGUCUGCAACCUCGGCCUCACCAACGCCGCCUCCGCCGUCACCGCCACCCGUCAUCAUCAUCGUCGGCGGCGGCGGCGGCGGCGGCGCGCCGUCGCCACCGCCGUCCCAGCAGCCUUUUCCUCCGCCGGCGUGCGUGGUCAAGAUCGAGCUGGUGCUUGUGCUGGACAAGAGCGGGUCGGUCCAGGCGGAGCAGUCGUCGCUGCUCGCCUUCGCGCGCGAGAUGGUGUCCCAGUUCAGCCUCGACGCGACCGAGGGCGCCCGUGUCGGUAUCGUCGAGUUCUCGAGCGACGCGGCGACGCUCACGCCGCUGACCGGCUCUCUGAGCGAAGUGCUGACCGCGAUCGACGGCGCGUCUGCGGCAGGGGGCGGCACGUCCGUGUCGGACGGCCUGGAGCUCGGGCGAGUCGAGGUGAACCAGGGCGCGCGCGCCGACGUGCCUCGCACGAUCCUGCUGCUGACGGACGGCGUGCAGACGGUGGACGGCAACGACGACACGGCCAUCGCGAAGGCGGCGGUGGUGAAGCAGGACGGCAUCUCGAUUGUCGCGGUCGGGUUUGGCGGCGCGAAUGAGCAGACGAUGCGCGCGAUCGCGUCGGCGCCCAGCUCCGACUUCGCCUUCUUCGGCGCGUCGAUGGACGAGGUGCGGCAGCACUUUGCGUCGGACCAGCUCUGCGAGCUGGCCGCGUCCCCGAAGGCGCCGCCGCCGCCUCCGUCGACGCCCGCGCCGCCAGGGCUGCCGCCGUCGCCGCCGUCGCCGUCGCCCGCGCCGCCGUCUCCGCCGGCGUGCGUGGUCAAGAUCGAGCUGGUGCUUGUGCUGGACAAGAGCGGGUCGGUCCAGGCGGAGCAGUCGUCGCUGCUCGCCUUCGCGCGCGAGAUGGUGUCCCAGUUCAGCCUCGACGCGACCGAGGGCGCCCGUGUCGGCAUCGUCGAGUUCUCGAGCGACGCGGCGACGCUCACGCCGCUGACCGGCUCUCUGAGCGAAGUGCUGACCGCGAUCGACGGCGCGUCUGCGGCAGGGGGCGGCACGUCCGUGUCGGACGGCCUGGAGCUCGGGCGAGUCGAGGUGAACCAGGGCGCGCGCGCCGACGUGCCUCGCACGAUCCUGCUGCUGACGGACGGCGUGCAGACGGUGGACGGCAACGACGACACGGCCAUCGCGAAGGCGGCGGUGGUGAAGCAGGACGGCAUCUCGAUUGUCGCGGUCGGGUUUGGCGGCGCGAAUGAGCAGACGAUGCGCGCGAUCGCGUCGGCGCCCAGCUCCGACUUCGCCUUCUUCGGCGCGUCGAUGGACGAGGUGCGGCAGCACUUUGCGUCGGACCAGCUCUGCGAGCUGGCCGCGUCCCCGAAGGCGCCGCCGCCGCCUCCGUCGCUGCCCGCGCCGCCAGGGCUGCCGCCCUCGCCGCCGUCGCCGUCGCCUGCGCCGCCGUCUCCGCCGGCGUGCGUGGUCAAGAUCGAGCUGGUGCUUGUGCUGGACAAGAGCGGGUCGGUCCAGGCGGAGCAGUCGUCGCUGCUCGCCUUCGCGCGCGAGAUGGUGUCCCAGUUCAGCCUCGACGCGACCGAGGGCGCCCGUGUCGGCAUCGUCGAGUUCUCGAGCGACGCGGCGACGCUCACGCCGCUGACCGGCUCUCUGAGCGAAGUGCUGACCGCGAUCGACGGCGCGUCUGCGGCAGGGGGCGGCACGUCCGUGUCGGACGGCCUGGAGCUCGGGCGAGUCGAGGUGAACCAGGGCGCGCGCGCCGACGUGCCUCGCACGAUCCUGCUGCUGACGGACGGCGUGCAGACGGUGGACGGCAACGACGACACGGCCAUCGCGAAGGCGGCGGUGGUGAAGCAGGACGGCAUCUCGAUUGUCGCGGUCGGGUUUGGCGGCGCGAAUGAGCAGACGAUGCGCGCGAUCGCGUCGGCGCCCAGCUCCGACUUCGCCUUCUUCGGCGCGUCGAUGGACGAGGUGCGGCAGCACUUUGCGUCGGACCAGCUCUGCGAGCUGGCCGCGUCCCCGAAGGCGCCGCCGCCGCCUCCGUCGACGCCCGCGCCGCCAGGGCUGCCGCCGUCGCCGCCGUCGCCGUCGCCCGCGCCGCCGUCUCCGCCGGCGUGCGUGGUCAAGAUCGAGCUGGUGCUUGUGCUGGACAAGAGCGGGUCGGUCCAGGCGGAGCAGUCGUCGCUGCUCGCCUUCGCGCGCGAGAUGGUGUCCCAGUUCAGCCUCGACGCGACCGAGGGCGCCCGUGUCGGUAUCGUCGAGUUCUCGAGCGACGCGGCGACGCUCACGCCGCUGACCGGCUCUUUGAGCGAAGUGCUGACCGCGAUCGACGGCGCGUCUGCGGCAGGGGGCGGCACGUCCGUGUCGGACGGCCUGGAGCUCGGGCGAGUCGAGGUGAACCAGGGCGCGCGCGCCGACGUGCCUCGCACGAUCCUGCUGCUGACGGACGGCGUGCAGACGGUGGACGGCAACGACGACACGGCCAUCGCGAAGGCGGCGGUGGUGAAGCAGGACGGCAUCUCGAUUGUCGCGGUCGGGUUUGGCGGCGCGAAUGAGCAGACGAUGCGCGCGAUCGCGUCGGCGCCCAGCUCCGACUUCGCCUUCUUCGGCGCGUCGAUGGACGAGGCGGAGCCCUGGUACAAUUGCCUCGACAUCACCAGCUUCAUGAAUAACGCAAUCAACAUUUCCGACGACGGCAUGGACAUUACGCACGGCGCCUCGGGGCAGAUAUUUGGGCAGACCAGCCUGUGCGACGGCAAGAAGGUCAGCGACAGAAUCAUAGACGGCUUUGAUCUUACCGCGCUACUGUACUACAUGACCGGCAGCUUCGCAGAUCUCGCUGACAUGAACCGCGAUCCUUCGGCGGUCGUCACUGGCCUGCAAGGCUUCACGGACGUACACCUCCGCUGCGGAACCAACGAGUCAUACUACGGAUAUUACACUGCCUAUGCAAACAACGCAUGCACCAACGGCCCGUUCAUUGACGGACCCAACAACGCGGAUCUCAACAUCGACUGGGAUCUGUCAGGGCGCGGAACCGUCACUGGCCGCCGUCAGCUGGCGGAAGAACAGGCGCAAGAGGAGGGGGCUCCUCUGAAACUGUGGAGAAGCACCGACGUGUUCCAGCAGAGACAGCAACCCGAGUUUGAUCCGCCAAGUGGUGUUAACAUCUCCGAGCUCGUGAUCCGCACGCGGCUAUGGGUCGAGGCGGAAGGCGGCAGCUGGUAUCAGAUUGCGAUUGGCGGUGAGCAUGUGUCAGCAAACUUCCAGGUGCAAGGAGUGCCGUGGCCGCAGUCCUUCCCUCGGGAAGCGCGUCUCUCCAACCACGAGCGCUUCCCGAGGGAUGGCAAGGCACCGACUCAUGAUGCGCACAGGGUGCAGCUUCGCUUCGCGAGGCACUGCGAGUACAGAGACGAGUGCAGGUCUGACUGUGCCAUCAUCACGUCUCAACUCGCAAACGACGUCAUGCUCUCGGAGGAGACGCUCAUAUACCGGCAAGAACGGACAGCAGGGCGGCAGCGCAUCUGCGGCAUCGACCUCUUCAUGUGGGUCCCGGCGGCUCCCGACAGCGGGUCCCGGCGGCUUCAGGACGGGGAGCAAAGCAAACCAUGCGUCAAGUUCGGCGUCGCGGUGCCAACAGCAAAGUGCACGCCCGAGACGUGUGAGUGCCGCGAUGACGACGUCGAGCCGCUCGCGCCGCCGCCAUAUCUACCGCCAGCGCUCCCGCCGCCACCCUUGCUGCCGUCACCCCUCUUGCCAUCUCCACUGAUACUGUCGCAGCCCUCUCCGCCCUCUCCGCCCUCCUUCCCCUUCAUCGACCUGGUCGAUGAUGAGGGCGAGGCCCUCUUCACGGUCAUCCACGACAAGGCCUUCACCCUCGACGUGAACGGGACGGAGUUCGCGAGGUACUUGCCUCGUCGCCGCCUCGACGCACUGAGCCCCGUCAGAGAGGUGCGCCGCCUUGCAGGAGCCGCUCCCGUAGAGAUCGGCGAUGUGCUCAUCUUCAAGCCAUGGCACGAGUAUCCGGACCGGCAAGCUCGCAGCUGCGACGGCGCGGCUGACUUGAGCAGCAACUUUGGCGGCGUGGUCGACCAGAACCUUGAGGUCAGCCUUCGCCUCGUCAUCCCGACCUACUAUUACCACGGCUGCUUUGCGCGAGGGCCUGUCAGUGCCGGCGGUGAUUUGACGGAGCUGACGUUCGCAGUCGCGGCAAUCACCGCCGUCGUCGUGCAUCUACCUCCGUCCAUGCCGCCGCCCGCGCGUCCGCCGCUGCCAUCAUCGCCGCCAUCGCCACCGCUGCUCUCUCCUGCGCCGCCCUGCGGCUGCUCGCCCUACUACGACCUGGAGCGCGGCCUCGCGAGCUCGCCCACCUUCCUCAACUCCACCAACGCGCUCUUUUACACCCUCGAGACCGGCUCUGUCUGGCCGCUCAGCCUCCCCGUCUACGACCCGGCGUGGGGCUGCGCGUGCUCGUCCUCGGUCUGCAUCGCGUCGCCAGCCGUGAACCUGAACACGGCGUCGGCCGGCGCCGAGGCGCCGGCGGCCGUCAUCAGGUGCAUGACUAUGCGGUCGCGGUAUGCCGCAUCGAUCUCUCCGUGCUCGGCCAGCUCGUUCGCGAGCCAGUCCGAGGCGACGGUCGUCGCCACGGUCCCCUGGGGAACUGUGGCGUACACCUUGCUGGGGCCGCGUCGAUACCCGUCGUCCCUCUCCGGGGGCAGCGAGUAUUCGACCCCCAUUUUGGACCCGGCCUGGCUGCGCGCCUGCGCAGCUGCAGACCGCAGCCCGGCCAUCACGUACUGGAUGUUCUCGCGCAGCUGCGCCCGCGGGGCCUCCGCGCGCUCGGCCUCGCUCGCGGCGCGCUCGCCAGCCUCCGUCGCCCGGCGCGCCUUCUGCCGGUCCUUCUUGGCCUUGCGUGCCGCGGCUCGAGCCGCGAGCUGCUCCUUGGUGGGCUCCUUCUUCUUCGGCGCGGUGCGCUCGAUGUACGAGCGCUCCGCCGCCUGCACCGACUCGCGGUCGCCCGCGGCCUUCUCGUGCUUCAGGUCGACCUCGAUGGUCGCGUAG